UCAUUUAUAAAGUUCCUUCUUUACCUUCCCUCGGGUGGUCAAUCAAGUGCGCCGCUUCCCGUCACCGUUAGGAAAUUGAUUAUUUAGGUGUAGGACAUCAUUAAGACAUUAAGUUAAAUCUUUGAACUUGUUCAAACAAGAUACACAUGGCUGGAUUAAUUGCUGGAGGUUCCUCAAAUCAUUUAGUUGCGAAAAGUGGACCAUACAAUGAUUCUCAAAUUAAGAUGGAUGAACCUGAUAAUCUUGGAUCUGGAUGGUAUUUCUGUCGGAAGGAGAUAGAAGAAAAUUCUCCAUCUAGGAGAGAUGGUAUUGAUCUAAAGAAAGAGGCAUACCUCCGAAAAUCAUAUUGCACAUUUCUGCAAGAUCUGGGAAUGCGACUGAAAGUACCUCAGGUGACAAUAGCUUCUGCUAUUCUAUUCUGUCACCGCUUCUUCCUUCGGCAAUCCCAUGCCAAGAAUGAUAGGAGGACAAUUGCAACAGUAUGCAUGUUUCUAGCUGGAAAGGUUGAAGAAACUCCUCGCCCGCUUAAGGACGUCAUAAUUGUGUCCUAUGAGAUUAUGCAUAAGAAGGAUCCUUCUGCUGUCCAGAAAAUAAAGCAGAAGGAGGUGUAUGAACAACAAAAAGAACUGAUUAUACUUGGAGAAAAGGUGGUUCUUACAACACUCGGGUUUGAUCUCAAUGUCAACCAUCCAUACAAGCCCCUUGUUGAAGCAAUAAAGAAGUUCAAGGUCGCACAAAAUGCUCUUGCUCAAGUUGCGUGGAAUUUUGUGAAUGAUGGGCUUCGGACUUCACUUUGUCUCCAGUUUAAGCCUCACCAUAUAGCAGCUGGUGCAAUCUUUCUUGCCGCAAAAUUUCUCAAAGUGAAGCUUCCAUCUGAUGGUGACAAGGUCUGGUGGCAAGAAUUUGAUGUCACCCCAAGACAGUUGGAAGAUGUUAGCAAUCAAAUGCUGGAACUUUAUGAACAAAAUCGAGCAGUACAAUCUUCACAUACUGAGGUUGAAGGAAGCACUGGAGGUGGAGUUAAUCUGCCUGCAAAGAGCACAUCAAUUGUAAGUGAGAAUUCAGCGAUUAAUGUCAACAAUGAAGCCUAUGUUGCCCCGAUUACCAGGGUGGUGCCAGCUCAGUUAAAUGCUAAUAGUAACAGAGGAAAAAAUGAGGACAGUGGAAGUGCAGAUACAAGAAGUGGAGUUUGGGACCAUAAUGUGGAUGGUCAAGGCAAUAAUAAGUCUCAUCAGAAUAGUGAUGAUAUCCCAAAGAUUGACAAGGACAAACUGAAAGCUGCCUUGGAGAAACGAAGAAAGUCACAGAAUGAUGUGUCCAAUAGGAGUGACAUAAUUGAUGAAGAUGAUUUCAUUGAAAGGGAGCUUGAGAACGGUAUUCAAAUGGCAAUGGAGGGUGAGAAGACAAAGGGUGGGGAGGGAAAUGACUGGCCUGAACCUCUAAGCAGCCAACACCAAGCUUCAUAUGGGAAAAGGAAUUCCGAAUCCUUUGGUCACAGGUAUGAGGAGCAUAUGGAAGAGGGCGAGUUGUCAUCACUUGAAGAGCGUGAGCUUCCAUCUCCAAAGUUGCAGAAAAAUAAAGGGAUUGGUUUUUCGGAUUCAGAAAGAGAUCAUAAAAAGCCUAGAUGUGAUAUCGGUCGUUAAUCAUAUGCCGCCUUUGCUUGAAGUGGUUAUAUGAUAAUCACAAAUGAGUCAUGCUUUCUUGUGUGUUCAAUGAGGGUGUUACUUGGGAAAUGUGGCUAUUGCCUUGUCCUCCAUUUGGCUCUUUUAAGUCCUUGUCCUCCAUUUGGCUCUUUUAAGUGUUUGUUGGUGAAAUGAAAGUUACCCAAUAAUUUUGGCUUGCAGCAAAUACCGGGGACCGAAUUAAGUCAAAUUAUGCCGGAUGGUGGUCUUUGAAAUUGGAGAUUCGUCCUCUUCUUCUUAUUUAUUGGUGUUGGCAUCCUAUACUAAUUUUGGUGACUGCUAUAACUAUCUCAUGCAAGAAUAUGUUUUUCCUAUGUUACAGUCUUGGGUGGUAGUUAUAUUGCAGCAAAGUAUCUUUCGGCAUUCUGGUGGGGUUAUCUGAAAUGAUUUAGGAUAUUGUUCUGUAUGGUUAAAUAUCACCUUGAACAUACAUUUUCUGAAUGUGUUACAGAUGGGUGUUAUUACCAGUUGCUUUUGUUUUUAGGACAGAAGUCUAUCAGGGUCUGUAUUUUACUCGUUUGCUGUAGAAUUUUUGGACAGCA